AUGGUGUUGUACGGUGGCGCGGUGUGUGUCAGGCGGGGAUCCGAGCCGCCGGUGGCACCGUGGCCCUCGGGCCUCCGCGCCUUGAUGGGGGACAACGCUGCUGUGGGCGCUCCCGAAGGCGCCGUGGGAUUUGGUCCUGCGGGGGGAGGCCGCAGCCGGGCAGCCAGCGUGCUGGCGGUGGAACCGCGGCCCAGCAGCUCCCUCUGGAGCCCGGGAGCUCACGCGCUGUUCCGUGAGCGGAGGUGGGCGGCGGCGGAGGGGCCCGGUUUCCUCCCCGUGGCGGCGCGGAGGCUGCCCAGCAUGGAGCGGGCUCCCCAAAGCACGUUCCAAGAUGAGCUGGAGUGGUGCAUUUCGCAGCUGGAAGCAAAUCUCCUUCGCCUCAGCCCAACCCCAAAACAAGCAGAGGAUGCACAGCACAUUCUCAAGGUCCUGCGCUCCCAUGAGACUCCUUUUGUGAAGAAGCGACAAGUGAUGAACCAUGUGUUUGGGGAUUAUUGUCUCAAGAUGGCUGAGGAUCAGAAGAGCAUGGAGAAAGCAGAUGUGAAACCUGGUGAUGUGGAAGUACAGCAAAGCAAUGGGCAGGCUUCAGAUGCUGUGGUGUAUGGGAAACAAUCUGACCGAAUCUCUGAGGCAAAGCCAGAGUGGUUCACGUCAUCUGACAACAGCUUCCGAUUUGAUUUUACACUUUUUGAGAUCGACCCAGAAGCAACCGGCACAUCUUUGGAAGCAGUCCCUGGUGUCAGUGGUGCUGAGCAGAUACAAACCAAUGUAAGAGCCACCGAGCAGGAGAACUGGAAUGGAGCCUUGAGUUUUGCUGCCUCUGGACAAGAACCCAAGUUUGCUUUCAACUUUGCCAUCCCAGAUGAAGACUGUCCUCUGGUUCCAUUAGUUCCAAGAAGCCAACAUAUAGAGGGUACAGCAGAUCAUGAAGUGCUGGGUAAUUCACUGCCUACUGAAUCAGCAGGUAUGCCAUGGAUUUCGGCGUUGCAGAAGCCUGAGUUGACUCAAACUACAGGUAGUGCACCCAAAGAGGAUAGAAGCCAUGUCACGUUAAAGAACCCCCAACCAGAGACUGCUCCCAGAGAUGAGGCAGUGACAGAGAAAUCAACAGCAGAUGGAGCUGCCCAGAAGAAGAAAAAGAAGAAGAAACAAAAAACAUCUGUCAGUAAAAAGGAGAUAGAAGAAACUGAGAUCAACAGGAAGGCAAAGGCAGAAGCUAACAGAUGUCAAAAUAAAGAUAACUCCCACCAGGAUGAGACCUCUCAGCAGUCAGAUGACCAGCUGUGGAAAGAGGUGGACUGGUGUGUGGAACAGCUGGAACUUGGCCUGAAGACGCAGAAAUCCACUCCAAAGCAGGUCGAGGAGGCUCUCCGUGCGAUCAAGACACUGCGCAAUGACAAGGCUCCACUGGUGAAGAAGCGUCAGCUCAUGAGAGCCAUGUUUGGUGACUAUAGGAAGAAAAUGGAGGAGGAGCGGUGCAAAGAACUGAAGCUCAUGGAAACGGCUGUGAAAUCUGCCAGGGUCGUGGAAGUGAAGAGAAACAUCCGCAACAAGAACUGCCAGUUCAUCCGGAAGUGCUCAGGAGCUUGCAGGAAAAGCCAAGUUCCAGCAGGAUCCCCUUCAGAGUCACCCAGGACACUUAACACAGGCUCAUUCAAAUUCACAACUUCCCAAGAAGAGUUUCGCUUUAAUUUCUUGUAGGAAAGUCUUUUAGACUAAAACUGCGGCUAAAAACUGUGCCAAUUCUUCUAUAAACUUAAGAACAGUGGAAAGAUGCUGUGCAGCAGAAAAUGUUACGCAAUGAUCUCUGUGUAUUUCCUAAAGAAAGGUUUAAAACAGAUCUGCCUACUACGCAUACGACCCCAAGACUCAGUCUACAUAGUCUGUCCUCACGCUGUAGAAAGGCACCUUUGUGAAAGAUCAGCGCAGAGUCUGGAAGGAUCUGUUUUUCUUCCUAUAGAAUUGACAUUAACUUAAGAAUCUGUCUUUUAUACUGGGAGAUUUUCCCAUUCUCCUAUUGCUUUUAAGUAGAGCAGACCUUUUAUAGCAGAUGAGGCAGCGAUGCAUACAGAAGGGAAUGGUUUGUAACGAAGAUCCAGCUUCUGUGAAGAUCCAGCAGUGUAAGCAUACUGGAUAGUUGAAUGCUUCCACUCCAUAUGAGUCUGUGUGAAUGCAACUUCUGGUAUCCAGAAAGCACUGACCACUGUGUGUAAUCACUGCCAUCUAGAGAGUAUGAGUUCAGGAUCUUGGAGGAAAAUAAGUGAGAAUCAUCUUUACUCAUUCAUCUCUCUAAUUGACAGGUAUAGACUUAGAAGAGAACUGCAAAUGCUGAUUUAAUCUAGCCUAGGGAUGUAAGGACAGUUGUUUCCAGACAGGGUAAGACUUUUGUUGCUGAAGCCAGGUUCUGGCCUGCUAGGAAGGAUGCACAAUCAGUUCUUAAAAAAAGAAGUUUGUUUUAUAAGUAGCCCGGUUACAGCCACCAGUGACUCAGAGGAUAAAUCAGCUGCAUGCCAAACCGUGGGUGGUGGUAAAAUGAACUGUGAGAGCCCAAAGAUUCUCUUGCAUUUGAUUUGUAUUAAAUUUUUGCUUUCUGAACAGUUGAAUGUGUCUCCAGUGUUUUGAUACUGCUUCAGCCACUGUACCCACUUCCUAUGUUCCUGCAGAGAAUCUUCCCCACUCAGCCUAAAAAAGCUGAAGGAACAGAAGUCCUUUAAAAGGAAACAUGGUAGCAGGUGUCCCUAGGGUGCAGUGCUUUCCUUCCUUUUUAUAGUCCAAUCAGUCAUCCUGUAUGAGAAGCGAGAAAUGGGAGUGUAGGCAGAUUCCAGGGUAUACUGAGAGCAGCUGAGAGAUGGUGGAAAACAUUUGCUGGGAAAGACUUCAAAAAACCUGAUGUUGGCUACAAAAAAAACUUACUUUAUUACUAAGCUCUGAUGCAGUCACUUGCAUCUACGAGAAUUUGUUUGUUUGUUUAAAUAUUUUAAAGAAUGCCUGUCUAGGCAUAAGGAGAAACCAGACCUGGGUAACAUAUCUCAUGAAGAGAAAUACGCAGAGAAGACUUUAAGUCUUCUGGAAACCAAUAGGUUAACACUGGAAUCAAUAGGUUAGCAGAUUAUUAUUUUACUUGCCGAGGAGCACUGAUGUUACUUUGACUGUAUGGAGCAGCACUAUACAGCAUUUUUUGGAUUUCCAGGAUUUUAUAUUAAACAUACAAAAGCCGUGUCUUGUUAAACUUAUAGUGUUUUCAUGCCAUUUACCAAGAUUAAAGAGCAUCUUGUACAUGACCUUG